UACUGUUUAUCACCAUUUUGUUUUCCGUUUAUUUUGGGCGGGCCUGAAAUCAUGGCUCGAUGACGCACUGCAGCCACUGAGCAUGGCUCCUCCCCCAACACUAGAGCGCAGUAGUUCGCCCGUUCAGCUAGCCCAGCUUGUUAGCUAGCUAGCUAUGCCUUCGACACGUAAAUGCAUAUUACCUGGUUGCGAAAAUUUACAAAACAGCUCGGUCUCCUUAUUUAAAUUUCCUAAAAACGAUGAUAUCAAGAAGAGGUGGAUUAAUUUUGUGAAGCGCCACAUUGAUGGAGAGCUGAGGAUCACCACCAACACCCGCCUCUGCAGUGAACAUUUUACACCGGAUAGUUUUACAAACUUUCAUCGGAGACAGCUGGGAUUCACUGAUAAUCCGCUUUUGCUGGUGAAUGGGGCCGAACCGACUAUCUUCCGUCCCGGUCUUUAUCUUCCUGUCCCGCCGACAUCUGGUGCCACAGUCGGCAGUACGUGCCCACCAAUGAGUCAGUCCCUUCCAACCACAAGAGAGACAAAGUGCCAGUGUGACAACAUGCAGAAAGUCACCAGAGAAGUUGGAUGUCAGACAGACCACUUUGAGGGGGAAAGGACUGUAGACACACAACUGUCUAAAAGAACACUAAGCAGCGGAAAGAAUACAGGUUCUCAAGCUAUGGUAGCCAUGAGGAGUGUUGCUGUGGGCAACACCACAUCCAAGCUUCCUCCGCUCUGUUCUUCAACUCCACUUAAGCGAAAAGCAGUAUCACCUGAUAGACCACCAAAGCGUCCUCUCUUGGAGUUUCCCUCUUUUCAGGAAUCUGUAAAUGGUUUCAACAUGGCAGAUCCUGAUGACUCCACUUGUCUCCCCAGCAUGUCUGAAUUGGUUGACACUACCAGUGAACGAGCACCAACCAAGACACCGCAGGACAUGGUGAAAUACUUGGUAUACGAGGAUUGCCUGCUUGAGCUUUUUAAAAUCUGCCCCACCUGCUCAAGUGUCUGCAAGGUAGUCACAUUUGUAAAAGGAACAUUCCUUUCUGUGACCCAGAAGUGCCUUCACCAGAGUUGUUCAUACACCAGACAGUGGAAGAGUCAACCACUUCUGGGCAGCUCUCCAGCAGGGAAUCUGCACCUAUCAGCCGCUGUCUACUACACAGGCUCUUCCUUCAUCCAGACUAACAAGGUGCUCAAUGCAAUGCAUGUGAGAACCUUCACCAGAAUGUCACAUCGAAAUCACGUGCAUAACUACAUUCUGCCUUCCGUGCUGCAUAAAUGGCGAUCACACCAGACCGACCUGCUUGAGGGACUAAAACAGAGCGAAACUGUAUCUCUUGGUGGUGAUAUGAGAGCCGACAGUCCAGGCCAUUGCGCAAAGUAUGGCUCAUACUCCAUGAUGGAUCUCAGCACAAACAAAAUUGUUGAUAUCCAGCUCAUACAGGUAAAUAGAUUAUAAAAACUAAAAAAUGCGCUCAGCAGAGCUGGACCUCCACCAAGUAGGCAGACCAGGUAUUUGUCAGGGAAACUCUUGGGACAUUUUCAGUAAUUAAAUUUCAGAAUUUUGAAGUCUGUACUUAAAGAAAUUAUAUGUCUGUUUAUGAUCCACAGAGCAAUGAAGUGGGAAGCAGUGUCUGUAUGGAAAAGGAAGGGCUUAUCCAGAGUCUGGAAUUUCUUGAAAGAUCUGGUGUCAAAGUAGCUUCCCUGGUGACAGACCGACACACCCAGGUUCAAAAGUUUGUCCGGGAACAGAAACCAGACAUUGCCCACUUUUAUGAUGUAUGGCAUUUAUGUGAAGCACUCACUAAGAAGUUGGAUGCCAUCUCCAAGAAGAAGGACUGCAACAAGAUCAAAAUGUGGCAAAAGAGCAUCAAAAAUCACCUCUACUGGUCAGCAUCCAGUUCAUCCAAUGGAGAGGAAACAGUGGCAAAAUGGACAUCACUUCUCAACCACAUCCAGAAUGUGCAUGUGCAUAAAAAUCCACUCUUCCCCCAGUGCCUCCACCCUCCUUCCUCUGACAAAAACAAGUGGCUGAAGCCUGGUAUGCCACUAUCAACAAAGGCCUCCUACAAGCUGGAGAAGGUGCUAAUGAACAAGCGUGUUCUUGGUGAUGUGAAAAAGCUGAGCCCUCGCUACCAAACAUCUGCCUUGGAGGGGUUCCACAGCGUGAUUCUUAGGUUCGCACCAAAAAACGUGGCUUUCUCAUACUUAGGGAUGCUCUGCAGACUUUACCUGGCCGCGUUGCAUUUCAAUGAAAAUUCUAGCCAUACCCAAGUGAGGACUGCAGCAGGAGAACUGCAGUUCCAAAUUAAAUUUCCCAAGGCCAAGAGAGGGGAACAUGUUGUGUCCAUGGUGAAGACCAAAUAUACUACUGAAUAUGUGACUGAGCUUACGGACCUCCUCUUUAACGAGGUUAUCCAUGACCCUGCACCCUUUGUGGCUAAGAUGAAAGCAGUGGCUGUUUCUGGAUUCCUGUGUUCACAGUGUGAGCGACCUGAGAAAUCAGAUGCAAUUGCUAGCCAUGUGUCCAGGUUGGGUGGGAACAGCUCCAACACAUGGUGACCCAACACCCAUCUAACCCAACAAUCCCUUUUCUAAUCAAUCAGCUGUUUUCUUCCAACAUUUGUCGGUGUCUUCCUCCAGCAUAUCUGAAUGCCUCUGUGUUCCUGUGACUUAUUUCCUGUCUCAGUCCAUCCCUGCUCUAGAGCCCCACCAGCCUCCAUUUCAAAACAGUCUUAAAGAACGGGACCCCAGAAGAUGACAGUUUGAUCAUUUUGGCUGUAUGUGUGGACCAGAACAUAGACAACAGUUUUUUGUUUUUAUUUCCUGUGAAUUUUCAUGACCAUAGAGCUAAUUUUUUAGAAUGACUAAUCAUCCAGUGAUUUCUUAUGCCAUUGAUUAAAAAAAAAAAAAAAAAAAAAAAAGGUCUGUGUUGGUUGAUUGUAUAGGUUGAGAAACCCACUUAUAAGACAGCUGCAGAAUGAGCUGCUCUUCAUUGUUUGCAGUUAGUCCUACAUGACAGUGGAUGUGGCUCAGGAAGAUGAGGGAUGCACACAGAUGCCUCAGUUAUUGGUCUGUAUUCAUAGGCUAUUGUAUGUGUCAAAUUAUAUUUAUUUGUGGAUCUUUUACCCCACCUUAUGUAUGUACUGCUUUGCGCUUUAGUGAAAGUGGUGUUAAUUGAUUAUGAUUGUUGAGGUCUAUAAGCACCAAGAUGCCUGCUUUUAACCAGAGAUUGCUGGUUAAAAAUGCUGAUGAUGCCUUAGUUUUUAAACUUGUAUGUUUCUACCUCACCCUCUUGCUGUUUUUAAAAUAAAUGCAUUUUUAUAUUCCAGA